AUGGACUUGAGGGCAAUUGUACAGGAAAGGGAUGCUACUCCUCUCCCGCAAACAGAGCCAGUGACUAGUAAUUCAGACCAGAGUGAGGUGAAGGAAGAAACGGAUGAAAUGGGAGAAAAAGAGGUCCAGGAGGAAAGUGAAGCGGAAACCACCCCAGUCGUGAAGGAGAACUCAAACCCACACCCAAACCCAAUAAAGCAAGAAGCAGUCAAUGGCGAUGGUUCGCCGCAGCGGACGCCGCAGCCGCAGGUUCAGCAGCUAACACAGGAAACCCUAGAGAUUAAAGAAGACGCGGUUGAAGAUCCCAAUCUACCACCUUUGCAUGAGAUUGUUGGCGGUUCCUCAGUGAGAAGAUACUUGAAUAAGCAUUUGACCAAGCACUUGCUCGAUGGGUUGAAAGAGGUUGGACGGCACAAGCCCGAAGAUCCGCUAAAGUAUCUUGGAGAGUUCCUUAUUGCUAGGUCAAUUGUGCAGCAUGCGCAAGCGGAUGAAGGGGAAACGUGA